AAAAAAAAAUAACAUCAUGAAAAAAGCGAAAAAUUAAAUUUAUAUUAGGCCCUUUAAUUAGAUUAUCGGAGCCAUUCAACUUCACCUUAUAUUAUCUUGUUAUUUAUUUUAGUCACCUUAUAUUAUCUUAUUAUUUUUAAUUAUUUAUAUAAAGAGCAUUUUAUGGAAAAUUUGUUAAUUCAUCUUGAAGCCCAAAGAAGCAUAUUAGACGGAUAUUGCUACGGAUUGAAUCGUUCAAUCAAAAGACUAGAAGACAGAAUUAAAAAGCAAGAACUAUAUGCUAAACAGAAAGUCGUAAGAGUUGAAGAAAAAGAAAUUGAGAUGGUAAAUGAGAUUGAUCAGUUAAUUGCAAAAGCUGAAAAGUUGUUUCAGCCAGAAUGUCAAAAGUCUUUAUGUAGUCGAUCACAAAAUUUUGAAAGUAUUUUAUCUAAGAAGUUAUCAAGAAACCAAAGUGUGGAACCAUCAAGAAAUCAAAGUUCCAUAAAAUUGAAAACAACACUUAAAAAAAAUCAUGUGACAAUAGCGAAACCAAAAGUUUUAAAUAAGGCAAACAGUAGUGUACCUUCAGCUACUGCAAAAUGUGUAAUAAAUAGUUAUGGACAAAAAUAUAUUAGGCAUUCGAACCCACUCAAGGCUGCAAAAUAUAAGAAGGAAGUAGAUAAUAGUUGUCAGUCUUUACCUCAAGAACAUACGAAACCAAAAAUGGAAUUCUUACAAGACAGUACAAAAGACUUAUCAAAAACAAAUGAAAGUCUGGAAGAUAAUUUAUUUAUAAGCGAUUGCAAUUCAGAAAUUUCAUUAAAUAAAAUUUGUAAUGAUGAAGUAAUAUCAGAUAAGAUGUUUGAUGAUGAAUUUCUGAGUUUCUACAAAAAGUAUUUGUCAUUAGAAAGAUACAUAGAGAAACUGAAAUGUUCACAAGGUCUUUUGUGUGAAAGAAAAAAUGCUUUUGAUGAAUUUAUGUCAAGUUUAGAAAAUAGUUGCACAAAAGAAAGUUUUUUUACUUGCGCCUCUCAAAAUGUGGAAUAUGAUCUGACUUUUGGUCAACAAGUAAUAGAUGAAAUAAAUAACGCAGCAGAUGAGAAUGGAAGUCUGGAUCAAGUUGAAAUUAUAAGAAAGCUUAACAAUAUGAUACGAAUGGAGCAGCUCGUUUAUAAAAAAAACUUUAUAAAUUUCACUAGAAAAAUGGGCGCUAAAAGUCUUAUGAGUCUUAAAGAAACAGACAGGCAAAGCUCUAAAAUUUACAAGCAACUUUAUUAUUUAUUAGUUGAUUCGUAUCCAACUCUUAUUUUUUCUGGUUGAUUUGUAAUUAGAUAGUUUUGAUUUGUAUCCAAUUCUUAUAUUUGGAUUUUUUUUAUUUUUAAAAACAAAUUUAAUAGGUUUUAAUUUUUUUAUUAAAAAUAAAUUAAAUGAUUGUUCAUGUUUAUAUUUGAGUGAUAAAGAAAGGCUAGUAAAGCCAAACACAAUAAAAAAUAUUUAUCAGAA